CGAGCACUCCCCCGUCCGUUAAUUGCCGCGUGUAGCGUGGCUAUAAUAAACACGUGGAUGUUAAUGAAAUACAAUCGUAAUUUAUAGAGCGCUGUAUAAGUCACGACGGUAUGCGAAAACGAUGCUAGGCGUGGCAACCGGAGGCGCGCGCUCGGAGUGAUCUCGCUUGUGGACGGGAAUCUCGAGAGGACAGAAUGAUAAGAACACUUCGCGAACAGUCCGGAUUCUCACGCGUGUACUCGCGUUAUCAUCCCACCGGGAUGAUAUCCGAUUCGAAACGUAACGCGACGACGUCUCGAUGGGCGCUAUCGUUCGCGACGCGGUUUGAAGCUAGCUCUAUCAUCGAUGUUAACGGUAACAAUAAUCGUUCCGAUCGGAAUUAUGAGUACUUGAAAUUUCCAUGCGAAAGAGAGCCGUAAACGUUACCGCCCUUUGAAUUCUUAAACAUUUACAGCGCGCUAUGUGGAAGCGGCCUGCCUCGUGCCUCAAAAGUGAAUCAAAGGCGAAUAAAAUCAUUUCGCGACGUCGCACAAAAUGGGGAACGGUAACGCGUGAUAUGGCCGGCAGAAAUGUGUGAUACGGUUUCCGAAUGAAGAAUUAUUCCCUUGGCAUAGUUUCGCGGGAGUAUUCUAAAUAAAAAAACACCUGAUGAAAGUGAUAGGCGUGGCACAUCCCACAAAGGCACGGUGCAUAAAGAGGCACAUCAAAGAUAACGAUUCACAAUACCGACCGAAUCAUAACGGGUGCAUAAUGCGCCGAGGGAAAGAUUGCGACGAUUAUUAUGUGAAGCGUCCGUUCUCCAGCCGUCGCGCAGCCAUUCUGUCGCUCCGAGCAACAACUAAAUGAACGAGAUUUAUCAUCUGUUAGUGUCUAGCUAGUUUCGAUAGCCUCGAAACGCCGCCGCUAAUUGGAUCGUGCGACACGAAUGCGUUAUUCCAAAUUGGCUGGCUAAACGUGUCACGCGCAAAAUCGGCGGAUGAUAGAACACGAUAAAUCACGUCGGCGGAAGUGCAACACCGGCAUUGUCGGCCAGGCACGCUUCGACCUUCAGACACAUAUGUGCAACUGCAGUAACUAGGUCAGGCUCCGAAUCGAUAUCCGUCGGUGAUGAAAAACAACAUCGUAGAGCGCUCUUAUUAUGAGAAAAGGACCUCCAGCUGGAAUUCAGCAAAAUGCAAUCACGGAUAAUCGUCAAAGCGAAGAUUGAACGAGGGUCGCUGUUCACCAGGAAAUAUGCUAAUUUCUGGAUGAAAAUACUGCAGAAGAAGAAGAAGAAACCGUUGGCGUCAGAGGUCCUAACGAGCUACCUAUUGCAAACCGACGAGCCCCCCUGGACCUCGUACUUCGUCCGGUAUGCCGACGUGGUGAACGAUCAGCGGGGAAUGUCACACUUCAAUUGGCCGGCGGGCGGCAGCAAUUACCACGUACUUAGGACCGGCUGUUUCCCGUACAUCAAGUAUCACUGUAGCAAGCGGCCGGUGCAGGAUCUCAGCGGCGAGGACAGAUUCUUCAAGGCGAUCAAGAUAUUGAAUCUUGGUAUCCCCACUCUGAUGUACGGACUGGCCGCGACGCAGCUUAUCCGACACCACGAGAUCGUGAAGACGCCCGGGGGUGACGUGACCAUCUACUUCUUGCUCCCGGAGGACAAAGGCUCGCCGUACUGAAGCUUACGACCUGCACCCUGCGACGGUAAUCUACGUCGAGUCCUGCAUCACAAUCUUUCUCGGAGAUGACAUUAACGGCAACGAAAUACAGAGCCAUACCAUUUA